CUACUUACCCACUUAACGUUUUCCGUUUAUUCCGGUCAGUCGCUCCAUCCUGCAUAGCGUUAUGACCAUUCCAUGUUUCGGAUUUAUGGAAUUUGUUCUAAAAUAAUAGAAGAAUAGAUUUUUCAUGCUACAAUAAUAGUACAAAUUCUCGAUAGCUUAAAUUUAUUUAUUGUUUUAUCUGAUGUGAAUUUCCGAGUGCUAGUGUUAACACGACGGCAACGUCAUUAUUGUGUUUAUGGAUAAUAAUUUAUGCAAUUCAAAACAUUAAUCACAAGGACACGAUGGAGAGAAAGAAGUCGAACACCGUUGAUACCGCCAAGGACACAGAGUACGGCACUGUAAAAUACGAAGAUGAGGUCGUACCAUCGUGGAUAUUUUGGAAAAAGAGAAGAUACGUGGUGGGAAUAUUGGCGUUCCUAGGAUUCUUCACUUCGUACAUACUUCGAGUCAAUUUGAGCGUGGCUAUUGUCGCGAUGACUGCAAGCGUUAAGAAAGUCGAUGCCGACGGAAAUAUUUACUUUGAGAAAGAGUUCGAUUGGGACUCGAAAACGCAAGGGCUGGUCCUGAGCUCGUUCUUCUACGGAUAUUUGAGUACCCAAUUACUCGGAGGAUGGCUCGGAGCUCGUAUAGGUGGGAAAAGGGUUUUUGGUCUCGGAAUCGCAGCCACAGCCUUUUUCACCAUUAUUACGCCGCCAUUGACAAGAAUAAGCGUUUACAUCCUAAUUUCUCUAAGGAUAAUCGAAGGAAUCUGUGAGGGCGUCACUUAUCCUUGCAUACACGCGAUAUGGGCGCAAUGGGCGCCUCCUCUGGAAAGAUCGAAAUUAGCAACCCUCGCGUUUUCCGGAAGUUUCCUCGGCACAGUGUUUGCCAUGCCAAUCGCCGGUUUAAUGGCAGAACACCUUGGAUGGGAGUCCAUUUUCUACGUUUUUGGGGCCGCGGGCCUCGUGUGGUUCUUUCUUUGGUGGAUAAUCGUGAAGGACAGGCCGGAAGAUGAUCCGUACAUUUCCGAAGCGGAACUAGAAUAUAUCAAAAGUUCCCUUGGGAAUAGCAACAAGGAAGAGAAAAUUACUCAUCCAUGGAAGAAAAUGUUCACUUCUCCGCCAGUGUGGGCUAUCAUUGCAGCACAUUUUAGCGAAAAUUGGGGUUUCUACACUAUGCUCACUCAACUGCCGACAUUUAUGAGCGAUAUUCUCGACUUCAAGUUGGACAAGACUGGAUACUUAUCCGCCCUGCCGUAUUUAGUCAUGACUUUGGUCGUUCAAAUUUCUGGACACUUAGCAGAUUAUUUAAGAGCGAGGAAAUUGUUGACAACCACGCAGGUUCGCAAAUUAUUCAAUUGCGGGGCUUUCGUAUUCCAAACAAUAUUUAUGACGACUACAGGUUUCAUCUUCACACCUGCAGGAGUAGUUAUUUGUAUCACUAUAGCUGUUGGCCUCGGUGGUUUUGCGUGGUCUGGUUUCGGGGUAAAUCAUUUAGACAUUGCUCCUAGGCAUGCAAGUGUACUCAUGGGAAUAGGGAACACUAUUGCAACAUUGCCUGGUGUUGUUAGCCCUAUCAUUACUGGUUACAUUGUUCAAAAUAAAAGUCCCGAAGAGUGGCGCACAGUGUUCAUAAUUGCUGGUGCAGUUUAUUUAUUGGGUGCAGUCAUCUAUGGUUUAUAUGCAUCUGGUGAGAAACAAAGUUGGGCGGACGAACAACGGAGGACAGAGACAGAAUCAAAACGAUCAUAUGAAAAUCCUGCCAUGGAAGUAGACAAUUUAUAAUAUACGUAGGAAAAAUAAAUCGAUCAGAUCAAACAAGUAUUAUUAUGAACAUAUUACUCUCAACGAGUAUAAUGUUUCGAGUAUUGUAUAGUAUUUUGAGUAUAUUAUACCACAAUUAUACGCGUAUAAAAUAUGUGUUCACAAACAGUUA